AUGUUGUCUCUCACGCUACGCUCUGUCCGGGGCGCCAUCAAUCACAUUUCCACCAGAUCACUGUCACCAUCCUACACACCACUGGCGCUGUCGCCUUCGCAAGAUUCAUCAACUUCCUCGCCAAUCGCCUCGUCCAAUGGCGAAGCCGACUUCGACUCCCUGCCCGCUCAGGGAACCGCACGAUCGACAGCCUACAACCGACUGUUGGCCUUUCUGUUUUUCCUGUUGCCAUCUUUCAUCCAGAGCCGCAUCCGCCCUGGUGCCUUCAAGCCUCGACGAAUGCACCCAACAUCGUGGCUCGACGGGCUUCGUGGUGUAGCCUCGCUUAUUGUUUUCUUCUUCCACUUCACCGACGACACCCACAAGGGUCUCCUCAUGUCCUACGGCGUACAACGUGAUGGCGACAAAGCCGCCUCUUCUCCCCUGCAGCUGCCCUUUCUCCGCGUCAUCUUCGCCGGCAAACCGAUGGUCCAUAUCUUCUUCGUCAUCUCGGGCUUCGUUCUCGCCUACAAGCCGCUGCGUCAGAUUCGCGCACGUCAGUUCGACAGCCUUCAAAAGACACUCGCUAGCAGUGUCUUCCGUCGAGGCUUCCGCCUCUUCCUGCCAACCCUCGUUUCGACCUUUAUCAUCAUGUUCCUUCGCUACUACGGUUGGAUCCCCCGCAAAGCAAAGGGUUCUCUUUACGAGCAGUUUGACCAGUGGCAGCACGAGGUGAUCAAGAUUCUCGGAUUCAUUUGGCAGUGGGACUCGUCCAGGACCCCAGACUACGACUCGCACCUCUGGACCAUCCCCAUCGAAAUGUCCUUUUCCAUGUUCCUCUUCGUCGUCGUCACUGGCCUGAGCCACGUCAAGACGUAUGUUCGCCUCGCCGCCGUCGUCGGUCUCGGUGCCUUCUGCCUACGCCACGGCCACUAUGCCGGCUGGGAGUUCAUGGCUGGUGUCGUACUCGCCGAGGUCCAGCUCAUCCAGGACGCCCACAAGGAGCGCAAGGCCGCUCUCGAACAAAACAAGGAGGCCGCCUACAUCGAGUCCAGCGUCGGCACUGCCGGCCUCUCCGACUCGACGGCCGACGGCUCGCGCCGCCGGAGCGUCGCCAAGCUCAUCUUCCAGGGCUUCCUUAUCGUCAACCUCAUCUUCGCCCUCUACGUCGCCGGCUGGCCGCGCGAAAAGUGGGAGGAGACGCCCGCCAUCGACUUUUUGCUGCAGCACACCCCCGAGCCCUACCGCAGCCGCGGCCAGUCGUGGCCCAUCUUCAUCUGGUACGCCAUCGGCGCCGUGCAGAUCGUCCUGGCCCUGCAGCAAAUCGAGCCCCUGCGCCGCGUCUUCAACACCAAGCCCGCCCAGUACCUCGCCGACGUCAGCUACUCGCUCUACAUCUGCCACGGCCCCGUCAUGAAGGUCCUCCACCACCGCCUGAUGCCCUACCUCUGGGAGCCCGUUGGCGGCAUCCAGGGCGCUGACAUGGGCGGCCGCUUCCUCGUCUGGUUCUUCGGGCUGACCAUCAUGGCGAUUCCCGUGUUCUGGGUGAGCGACAUCUUUCUCCGGGUCGUCGACAACAAGUGCGUCGAGUUUGCAAGGUGGAUCGAGAAGAAGUGUGUUGUAGACGAGUAG